CCCGUGCGUCAUCACGCCACGUACCGCGCUGCACCCAACUUGCCUGUCAUGCCACGUCACUGCUCUGCUGAGGGCUGCAGAUCCAGGGACACAAAGGAUUCAAGAAUUAACGGCAUCACCUUUCACAGGUUGCCAAAGAAAGGGAAAAGUCAGCGUGACGUCUGGUUGUUGAACUGUUGUCGAAGGAACCCGGAUGGAACAGUUCCUUGGAAGCCUUCCUCGCAAUUUGUCUAUUUCUGCUCAAAACACUUCGAAAGACAGUGCUUUGAACUUGUUGGACUGAGUGGAUAUCAUCGGUUGCGAGAUGAUGCUGUCCCCACGUUGUUCCACCCAAGUCCGCGAGGAAAAGUGGCAUUGACCAGAGCAAACGGAGAAAAGGCAGCAGCACCAGUGAGCACUAACGAAUGUCUUUCUGAUGAUGCUGCUUUACCUGACAUGGAUCUCAGGAACCCCGGUUCCAGCUUGGAAACGAGCUUCAGCAUUUCCCAGGAUGCUUCUGCCUUUGUUCUGGAUUAUUCUAUUCCUCAGGAGAGGGUGAGUGGAAGCAUCUGCUCGGGGAAAACGUUCCUAACCGAGGCCCCACUUUACUCGAGCCAGGCUGAGCUGGAGGCCUCGGCACCCACUGUAAUAUACCUGGUGGACACGGAGUCAAAACCAGUGGAGUUCAACAACAAUGGGAAUAUAGAGGAAGCCUCCAAGGACAUCUCGUUGUCUCAGUCUGAUGUGUUGACUGACCUGUCGGAAAACUGUCAGGAAGAGCUACCCGAUGACAGGACCCCCAUUCCCAUCGCCUUGUACAUGGCACGCAUCCCCAGCACGUCCCCGAACCCCGGGGCUCACGUUGCUGUCGAACAUAGUUAUACUGUGGGUUGCCCGCUAGUCUGGAAGAAGAGGGCGGAGGCUCUGAAGGAGGCCUUUGAGAAGGUCAGCAAGGAGCUGCGCGCAAGCAGGAAGCGGGAGAGCCGUCUGAGGGCCCGCAUCGCCUCCAUCCUGAGAGCACGAGGCCGCGGGCUGCGAGACAAACGAUCGAAGCUGGGCUUGACCAGUGAUCUGCCUUCGCAGGUGGAAGUGUUUGAGGUGCAGGUGAUGGACGAGGCUGUUGAGCUGUGCAGCCCACUGACCAGCUGAACUGAACUGAGCCAAGCCUCUAGGAUGGAGCCCAGAGCAACGUGCAUGCAGAACUGUCACACAGAGCAGAGGGGGUAGGGAGGGAGAGGAGAGGAGGUG